UCUGAACCCAUUUUUAAAACACAGUAAAGAAUGGAACAACCAGUUAGUGAGAUGAGUAGAAAGGAAUGAAUUAUAAAGACGUGCGAUUAUAGGAGAAGUAACUCAAACUAUGAAAGCAAAUCCCUCUAUCGCAUACAAUCAAUGAGUUAUCGCCUCCAACUCCAAACCAUCGUCAGCACAAACUAUCUUCCACGUCACUUUUUCCGUUACACUUCAACAUCAUCAAGGCUAUCAUUUUCUACAUUUUGUUGUGCCAAACUUUUGGAAAUGGAGGAUUUUAAAUUCGGUUCAGAAUCCUCGGUGGCUCAUCCUGUUUUACUCCACAACAAAAUUUCUGCAAUUCGUUUGGCCGGUCCUCAAAAGCUUCAGGUCAUAGCUGAUUUUGAUGCCACAUUAACGAAGUUUUGGGUUAAUGGAACUCGUGGCCAAAGCAGUCAUGGCCUUUUGCAGCAGGAUAAUCCAGAAUAUGAUGCCAAAAGGCAGCAGUUAUAUGAACAUUACCAUCCAUUAGAAUUUUCUCCUACUCUUGGAUUUGAAGAGAAAAGGAAACUCAUGGAAGAGUGGUGGGGGAAAACGCACGGUCUUCUUAUUGAAGGAGGACUUACAUAUGAAUCGAUAAGACAAUCAGUUGCUAAUGCUAACAUAGCUUUUAGAGAAGGCGUUUCUGAGCUUUUUGAAUUUUUGGAGGAAAGAGACAUUCCUGUAUUAAUAUUCUCUGCAGGGCUUGCUGAUAUCAUCGAAGAGGUUCUACGACAGAAGCUUCACAGAUCCUUCAAAAAUGUGAAGAUAGUAUCCAACAGGAUGGUGUUUAAUGAUGAUGGCCGACUUGUAUCUUUUAAAGGGAAAUUGAUUCACAGCUUAAAUAAAAAUGAGCAUGCUCUUGAUAUGGCUGCGCCUCUUCACGAACAAUUUGGUGAUAUCGAUGGUCCAACUGAUGACAAUGCCUCGCUCAAGAAGAGAACCAAUGUUCUCCUUCUUGGUGAUCACACUGGAGACUUGGGAAUGUCUGAUGGUUUGAACUACGAUACUCGAAUUUCUGUGGGAUUUUUGAACCACAACGUUGAGAACUCACUGAGCUGCUACCGAGAAGCUUUUGAUGUCGUUUUAGUGAAUGACGCGCCAAUGUGUGGUGUUAUCAAACUGCUCUCUCAUAUGUGUUCGAGUGGGAAGUGAUUAUUUUCAGUAAUCCUAUAUUCUUAGCAGUAUCAAUCCUUAUUUGUCUUACACAUCCCAAGGUUCCUCUUUAUUUCCCCUUAUGAAGAAUCCUAACAAGUAACAAAACAUUCAUUUGCCACAUUUUUUUUCCUUUCAGGAUAUGGCUAGCGAUUAGUUGUACCAGGCCUAUAUUAUUUACUCUAUGUAUGUUAACAAUGAAGCUGUGAUAAUAUCUGUAUGGCACACAAACCACAUUAUCUGUUAUGAGGUGUUAGUUUAGUGUGAUCGUGGCUGCUUUUCAUUUUUC